GUCUGCGCUAAUCAUAACAAACGCGAGUCGAGACUUGCUGACUAGUGUGACGGUUGUUUCGCAAAAUCCACGGCGUUAAAAAAAGUCAAAAUGUUUGUCGAGUUUUUCCAAAAGUGUGAUUUUUGGCUACAUUUUGCCUAGGUUUUACUAGACGUUGAAUGUUUUUACCGGUCGAAUCUAUUGAAUGGGAAGGAUUUGAUCAGUAUCAUGGUUCGAUGCAAGGGCACUAAGGUGCUCCCAGCAUUCUUCGCCUGGGCAAUCUUACUCAUUACAACAGCUCUUUUCUUUUAUUUUCCAUGUAUGUGGUUUUACGAGAAUGUCUCGAUACUUAUACCUCUAUGUGAAGCUGUGGUGACUCUCUUUGUAAUAGCCAACUUCAGCCUGGCAACGUUUAUGGAUGCUGGAGUAAUUCCUAAAGCGUCUCCUGACGAGGACAAAGAUGACGACUUCCGCGCUCCUCUGUAUAAAAAUGUGGAUAUUAACGGAGUGACAGUGCGGAUGAAGUGGUGCGUCACUUGCCAAUUCUACCGACCGCCUCGGUGCUCACAUUGCUCCGUUUGCAAUAAGUGUGUCGAGACGUUUGAUCAUCACUGUCCGUGGGUCAACAAUUGUAUUGGCCGCCGAAAUUACCGCUACUUUUUCCUUUUCCUCAUCUCAUUGUCGUUGCACAUGGCGGCUGUCUUUAGCUUCUCGACGUAUUUCUUGAUCCAGCACAAGGACCGUCUCACUCAGGUUCCCACUGUCGUCUCACUCUGCCUUGUCACGCUGGUGGGCAUCCUUUCCGUGCCCGUUUUCGGUCUCGCUGGGUUUCAUGUAGUCCUCGUUGCCAGAGGGAGGACGACCAAUGAACAGGUAACGGGCAAGUUCCGCGGCGGCUUCAACCCCUUCUCGCGGGGAUGUGGCGCCAACUGCUGCUACGCUCUGUGUGGUCCGCAGUUCGCCAGUUUGGCUCAACCGACGCGUUACGUGGGCCGAAAGCCACACCGCUACACUUUCAGCUCGACGACUAACAACAUCCACAACUCCGACGUGUCCCCCGAUCAGGUUAAGGUGUAUCUCAACUCUGGAGGGCAUGCCAAGGGCAACGGAACAGGACCCGGAGUCACCUACAACAAAUUGCAGUUGUCGCCUUCCAGACCAGCUGCCAUCAGCAUGAUGGAGAAUAGAAACGGAAUCGUUGAUGACAUAGAUGAUGAAAUGGAGUUGACUGAAUUCUACAAUGGCGCUGGCAGCCAAUCAGUGGAUUGCGAAGCUUCACCUCCAUCUCUCCAGAGAGGGGGUUCCAAAUCGAAUUUCUUCAUCGUACCGGCUAAUUCCGGCUAUGGGAUGCGGCCAGGUGGCGAUUUUGGACAACCAGACAUGACCGAUGCAUCAUCUCCUCGCCGGAUGACGACAGUGCAAACUCUCCGCGGUCCCAACGUCCGCGGAUCGCCUCAUCCUUUUAGAGCUAACCGAGGGGGUGAAGGCCAGCGAUCGAGAUCUCACACCCCCGAUGAUCUGUUGAAUGCCGAUGGCGCCGCCAUGGGACUUAACUUUGCCCGCCCUCUAUCGAUUCACGACGUUCAAAAUUCUUCAAAUACUGGAACGAAUUUACAACAGCGCCUGCGUGCGAUUGGCGGUGUUCCUACUCCAUUCGCCGUCCCUCCUCGCGGUGUCUACGCCGAUUACAGCCGACAGAGGUCUGCGACGUCAACGGGCUACGUCCAGGAGCAAGGGAACAAUGACUAUCGGGUCGACUCUAGCAUCGGUGGUGGAUCACCAACAUAUGACUACAGCUCGUCCGGCUACAACUCGCGGCUCCAGCAGCCAGCAGCUCAAAGACGGGUCAAUUCGGAGGGCGAAUUAUUGUCGUCGUAUCACAGAGGAGACGACGGUGUCAUGAACUACUCGAUGCCCAUGACAGAGCGCCGCUCACCGGACACGUACCACGAAGCGCUGUACUCUUCACCGGGCCGACCAGGGGUCUAUUCUCCGACAGCACACGUCAACAAUCGUCCGAUACCGAUGAAUGCGACGUCGUAUCGGAUGAUGGAAAAUGGGCAGCAAGACCUAGCGGGUCCACCGUCAGCCAAACAGGCUCGUAGCCAGGCUCCAACAUCCAGUGUCUACGAAGUGAACUAUGAGAUAUCUGUGUAGCGUGAGCGACGUGGUUGGCCACUCGAUCCUACCGAUCCUACCGACCCUACCAGUGUGUGAAUGAAACCAGAUUCUUCGUUCGCCUCCGCCAAAAAAUAACGGGGGAGGCUCACUCACACAUGUAUACACAAACAAAAAAUUAACUAAAGAUAUAAAUAUUUAAAAAAGAAGAAGACUAGAAAAAAAAAAAGAAUGGUCGUUGGUCUCUCAAGCUUGCCAUCGCGUUUCACCGAGAGAAGAUUAGACGACAGCAAGCUUAACAGGGAGCUCCGCCAUUAACCAUUGUGAAGAGAAACACACCUCCUUUUCUUUAUGUUCCCUUUUUAAUCUAUAUUGUCUCUGGUCUAUUGUAAAAAAAAACAACAUUUGAGCAAUGGGUGAUUGUCAGUGCGAAUGUGCGUGUAUCCGUGAGCGUAGACGGAGACAAAAAAGUAAAAUGAUGUUCUCCAGUGCGAAUGUUAGAGCUGUCCGUGUUGAUACGACUAUAGAUAACGUGCCGUGUGUCAGAUGGGACUAAUGGAAUUCACCACACUGGUGGGUUGAAACUAGUCCACUCGAGUGUACUAUCACGAUUAAUGUUUUCUAAUAAUUUUCUUGCCCAUGGGACAUGACAUAAUUGUUUGUUUGUUUUUUUUCCAAUUUUUUUUUUCAUUUGUGUAAAGAAAUUCGAAGACAUUAACUCUUAGUUUGCCAUCCUGAUGACCCACCCUUUUGUAUUAUAUUUUUGUCACUUUUCUGAUCGUCCUCGUUUUUUUUUUUUUUGCUUUUUAUAAUUUGUGGUGUCCCUCCGUCCUUCAGUGGGUGACCAUCUCGUCUAAUGAUCGUUUAAUGUAGACGAAUGUUCGUAAUUGAAGGACUAUGAGAAAUCAACCGUGACCUUUGAAUACAAAGUAUAGUCCACGUGUGA